AGUAUCUAAACGGAUGAUUUUUAAAAUAAAGUGCUCUUUACGGUUUGAAAUAAACACUUUGUUGGGUGUCAUUUCAAAUCGUAUGAUACGUUUCUAAAAUGUUUUGUAUUCAUUUCAAAUAAAAAUGAUAACGUAUGACGUGAUACAUCCACCACUCCCGGCGUGAAGACAGAACCCGCGUCCUGUCUGUCAGUUUUGAAGAAAGAUGGCAGCGCACACGUCGUUUUUGCUAGCAAGAUGCCUUGUGAGAUAUUUAAAAGACGGUAGUGUCUCCGAACGGACGUGUCGUAGAGUAUUAAAGCUAGCAAGAGGUUGUUCCACGUUACCUCCAGGAUAUGUUUCUCAACUGGUGAUCCCAGACGGCACCAUGCACAGUGGACCCAUCGCCCACUACAAUAAACUAGUACACUCUGGGUUGCUGCAUAAGGACAUUCAGCAGAAAGCUGCACUUUGGCAGUUAGAGCAGUUGCAUGGAGUGAUAGCAGGAUACACCAAUAUUCCCCUAUCUUUCCAAUGGCCAACGGUAAAGAAGAAAGACAGUAGCUUAGAUGAUGAACUGACCAAAGUCUCGGGAACAGAGAAUAGAUUUAUAACAAUGAACAAGGAAAAGGAUGGACAAGCGUCACACCGUAACUUCUCUGAAGAUGUUACAUCAACGGAAAAACGGCAGAAAGAAGACAAGGAAUGUAAUGCAGAAAAGGAGCCUGCAAAGCCACCUCCACCUCAGGGAUGCUAUAUUCAUGGUGGUGUUGGCACUGGAAAAACUAUGCUGAUGGACCUGUUUUACUCUCAUGUGAAGAACAGCAGGAAAAAGAGGCUUCAUUUCAACAGCUUCAUGCUAGACAUACACAGAAGAAUCCACAGAUUGAAACAGAGUCUGCCGAAACGACUGAUAGGCGAAAUGACAAUGUAUGAUCCCAUCUUUCCUGUUGCCAUGGAGAUUGCCACAGAAACCUGCCUCUUAUGCCUGGAUGAGUUUCAGGUGGUGGAUAUAGCAGAUGCUAUGAUUCUGAAGCAGCUUUUCGAGGGCUUGUUUUCAUGUGGCGUGGUGCUAGUGGCCACCUCAAACCGACCGCCAGAAGAACUCUACAAAAACGGGCUUCAGAGAGCUGCUUUUGUGCCUUUCAUCGGUGUGCUCAAGGAACAUUGCCACAUAAUCAGUUUGGACACUGGAAUAGACUAUCGCAGGAGGAAGAAGGUGCCUCCAGGAAAAUUCUACUACAUAUCGAGUGAACCCGAUGCAGAGGUUGCCGUGAAUACGCUGUUCGAUGAAUUGGCUUACAGACAAAAUGAUGUAACCAGGCCAAGAGUGCUGACCGUGCAGGGCCGAGAGGUGACCCUAAGCCGCACUUGUGGAACGAUCGCUGACUGCACCUUCCAAGAACUCUGUGAUCAACCGUUAGGUGCAAGUGAUUAUCUGGAGAUAGCACGUCGAUUUGACACAGUCAUCAUCCGUAAUGUGCCUCGGCUGAAGGUUGGACUGAAAAACCAAGUCAGGCGCCUCAUUACACUUAUUGACAUCUUCUACGACCAGAAGGUGAGGGUGGUGAUGUUGGCUGAGGCCCCUCUGCACUGUCUUUUUGUUGGGGGCCCUCUGUCUGGAGAGGAGGAGCGUGACCGUCUAAUGUUAGAUGAGCUUGGCCUGACCAAUGAGUCAUGGAAGCGACUGACACUGUUCACAGCCGAGGAAGAAAUCUUCGCCUUCCAGAGGACACUGUCCCGACUCACAGAGAUGCAGACAGAGCAAUACUGGGUUCAGGGAGAUCGAAAUCAGUUGUGAAAAAACACACAAGUUUGUAUUCCUACCUUCAUGGGAUAUUUAAGUUGACUUCUGUAUUCCAGCUACUGUUCUACACCUAAUCCAACCAUAAAGAAAUCUUUUCAGUCUUUUAUUUUUUUAAAUAAAGGCUGCAUUUUUGUAGUAAACAAGUAUUUUUCCUAAUGCGAACAACAAGCUCACAAAUGACCUCACAACAUAUUUUUUUUUACUCUGGGAAUAUUGACCACAAACAGCUAAAUAUUAGGGAUUUACCAAUAUGGGAAUAGUGGGAUGAUGCCAAUAUAAUGAUAAAAAAUAAUGUCCAUUAUUUUUCAUGUAUAUAUCUGCCAAUGCAGAUGCAAUUUAUCAAAUGUAUGCCCACAGUAUACAACACACUGUUAGGGUUUUUUAUAUUGAAAUCACAAUUUAAAAUAGGCAAUUUUUAAAUCUCAAUUGCAGUUAGCUGCAUUUCUGAUUAUAGCCUACAUAAUUAACAAUGUUGCCUUAAGUUUUCAAAAGGGUAGAUAAAAACCUAAUAACGUGAACUGCCUGUGGAUGAAUUAGACCAAUCAUAAGCAACCAAACUUCCAUGUGCAGCAAAUAUGACAUCACAACCACAACUAAGCCUCAAGCCAGAAAAAAUGCAUAUACUGGUCUUCUUGACCAACAAAUAGGCAUGGAAAUGAUUGCAAUUUAAAUAGCAGUCACAAUACUGGUAAUAAAAAUCGCAAUUGGGUGUUUCCCCCAAAUUGUUCAGCCCUGUGCACUGCUACUAAAAAGAUAGCACUCAUACCGUUCAACUCUCAUUUCAUGUGCCUUUUCCAUCUUACCCUUAAAAAUUACAGCUAUUUCCACAGGCUUGUGUCUGAUAAAUAAGUGAGAAAACUCUGAAAAAUUUAGAGAUUAAAGGAAUAUUUCAAGAAUGAACAUUACGAGAAUAAAGACAGAAGCAGAGACAGGUUUGUUAUGCUUGACGUUGAAAGGAACACUGAAACAGUGAAUUAUGAUACUUCAAAAAAAAGCAUCAUACAAAGCAGAAAAAAAUGCACAUUGCUAAUUAACUUUUUUUUAAUCAAUUUUGAGUCAGUACAUUCAUAACAUUCAUACAACAUCAAGACCAGUGUGACAGCAACAGAAGGUUUUAACAAGAGAAUGCAGAGCAAUUAAUAACAAACCCCGCUGCUUAAGGCCAGAAACAUGCUUCAUGUAAGUAUGUGGACACAAAUGCUUCUGGCUACACAAAUAUUAAUACCUGAGUGUGUGAAUAUGUAUUGUGUCUGUGGGAUGUGUCAGUUGCAGAUAUUCUCACAAUGUUAACAUGCUUCCCUGAUUUCUGGAACGGCACGUUAAAAUGUCACUAAUUAGUUGAACUGUGGGAUAUAUACUUAGUCCAAUACUGCUUCAGUGCAGUAUUAGGGAAAGAGUGCACUUACUGUGUGUUUAGUUUGGUCCUGCACACUGAACAUUGGAACAGGCCAAUGGUGUUGUGCAUCACUGCGUUCUAAAAUGUGUCACAACGCUAUUCAUAAUGCAAUGAAGCGCAAGAUGUAUGCAUUGUAGCAAGGGGCGCUAAAGCUAAACUGACAGCCAAGCUGUCUUAUACAGCCAGAAGUUCAAUUAGUCUCUUGCAGAACUUGUUUGCUAUAUGAUCAUCUCCUCUUUAUUCCUACAGAACAAGUAAAGCAGCAUGCUCUUCCACUCUUGACAUGUUUAGUCAUUGUGGCUAUUGGAAUAACAUUAGUAUUAACAUACAGUUUUAUAUGGACAAUUUUUUUUUCACAUCAAACAUCACUUUCUGAUCUAAAGCAAAAACCUAAAUUCCAGAUUAGCAAUUAGGCAAAAGUCAAUGAAGUUCCAAAUAUGAACGUUAACAUUGUGAGAAUAUUGUCGGCUGCUGCCUGUCCCACAGAGAUGGAGUGAAAACUUACUUUGUAUGUCUUAUGAAGCACAACGUCUUUUUUGUCCCACAAAGAUAUAAUACACCUCUCCAUACUCAGAGUCUUAAAGACUGCUUGCACUCUUUUAAUAAACUCGUAAGUACACCACAUUAGUUUUCACUUAAGUAAACACAAACUGCAAUUGGACAUUUUAGGACAGGCCCGUGACUACAGGACACUUGUGGAAAAUGGGAACCUUAUUAAAUGAAGUGCCCACCCAUAAAGAGCCAAUUGCCCAGCUGAAACUUUGGUUUGGGGGACAGGUCUGAAUGCAGCAAGAGGGAUUUAGGCAGGGUAAUAUUUCAGUGUGGCCUACAGCUACAUGACAUCGUUUUUAGUCUUUGCCGUGUGAGCAUUCUGUCAUGAUAACCAGAGGACUUAUGCGCUUGUGGGAGUAACCUCAGGUGUUUAGAAAAAAGAAAUACACAGCAUUUAUUUGUGUAAAUGGACCACAGAACCACCUGAAAAUCUGCUUCUUGAAAACAUAUAUUUUCAUUCUCUGAUGUUGUCUUUAUUUACUGCCUUUAUUACAACUUUAUCCUUGAAAUAUUAUAACUUCAUCAGCAAAAUAUUAUGACUAUUCUAAUAAUACUCCCUAUUUUUCAAAUGGCCUCAAAGUGUUGUACUCAUGGCACCUUAGUUAAGCAAAACUGAGUGCAUGCUUGCAAAUACGUAUAUAUACAGUUUCAUGCAAAGGUUUGAACCCUCCCAGUCAAAUGACAUUUUGUUGAUUUUCUAAGUGAAAAGUUUAACAUAUCCUCCUCUACAGGGAACUUAAAUGUGGCAUUUUCUGCUGAUUUUAGUGCAUAAUUUAUGUUCUGUUUAAUUGCAAAAUAGAGAGAGAAAUGUGGUGAAUAAACCAGAAAACUACUACUGUUAUAUAUUCAUUAAAAAUGUGUGCUACUGGAAAAAUAAAGUGGAAGGUACAUAGCACCCUCUACUGGUGGACUGUGGGUAUCCAGUAGAAAAAGCUUGGGAAGAAACUGCUGUUUCCCAAUGGGCACAUGUAAAACACUUAAAAAUAUUUUUGUAUGUUUUAAGUUUAAAAUCCAGUUAUUCAACCAUAUUAUGUAAUUUUCUACUUUCUACUUUGACCCUCAGCUUGCUGUUCAUGUGGCUCUCUAAUAGCCCUGUUCAAUCCAGUUAAAUGCAAAUAUUUUUCUGCUAUAAACUUCAUUUACCAAAAAGUAAUGUUGGACAUUUAGAAUGCGCUUGUGUGAUUGUGUAAUGUGCAACCUUUUAUUACUCUAAAAUAGGUUUUUGCUUUAAAAACUUGCUUGAGAUGGUGUGAUUAUUACAUUUAAUUUUUUAAACUUGAUUUGAAAACACAAGUUGUCAUGUCCAGGCAAUCUCCAGUCCUAUUUUGUGAUGCGGUUCACUUUAACUUCUGUGAUAUAAUUAAGAAAUUUAAUGCAUUAGUCAAUAAGCAUGGUUCAGUCUAAAUUAGUGAUACAACUAGCAAUGACAAAAAAGACAGUGUAAACCAGUUCCCAUGAACCCAUUUUAAGCCUAAUCCUAGACUAUGUUCAGUAUGUUCAAUGGUCACUCACUGACAUUGUAGUUUAGUCCAAGGCCAGACUUAAUUCAUGUGUGUGAAACUGGCUAAUUAAUGGACAUUCUUUAAUGAAUCUAACUUUUAACUUAGUCAUGCUUCAAGACUCUGAAGCCAUUGUGUUGGCCUAUGCUUUAAGGUGUAAAGUUCAUCUAUAUGCCUCAGAAGCUCUGAGAGAAACUCUCUUAAGUCAGCAGGAGAGUUUCCUUCUCCAUUGUUUUUGAACAAUGACAAUGUAAACAAUGCACUUACAGCUUCAGGUUACCGCCUAUUGUUUCUUACGCCCAGAGCUUUGUUUAUGAAUUUGCAGUGAUACCUAAUAGCUUCCUUCAGUUCUACAGCAGAUCAGAUGGCAGAAUUUCCUCCGUGCCGUUCUCCAAUCACAAAGUGUACUUUUAAAGCUCCUUGUCUCCAGGCAGAAGGUGAACCAACACUACCUCACCACUCUCUAACUCAGUUAUGGCAUUUGCGUAUGGAUAUUUUUCUCCUUUGGCCACUAGAUGGCAGCAAAAGACAGUUAUGUAGGUUGCAAUUGACCGUGUGUUUUUGGUGUGUUUGUUUGUGGGUGACGUUGCAGCAGAUUGCCAGCGGAAAUGCCACCACCUCAGAGGCAGAGCUGGUAAACAAAAGCAUCAUGUAAAUAAAAUUAUGCAAUGUGUCUGUGGCCACUAUCCUUAAUAUUCUUUAGGAUAAGAAAUACUGCUAGCUGUAGUACAUUCCUGAGAUAUGAGCCUGUAAUACUGUAUUAAUACAUUCACUACAUGUAUACUUUCAGCAUAGCCAGAGUUGAAACAAAUUUCUAAAUGUUUAGUUUUGUCCAGUCAGUCACAGUUUCCGAAUUACAGCAAGCCAUGCAAGAAGGGCUGCUAAUUCAAUAUCCGUUAUUUAGGUUGGGAAACAUGAGGCCAGUACCUAAAACCUCGUGCUCCACUUUCCUGAUCUUAAUUGGAUGAUAACAGAUACUCACUCCAAAGAAAAGAGAAACACCAGCUGAAGAGCAAGCCUGUCCUGCUGAACGUUCGCCUGGUGGUUUUAGAGGGUCAUCAUUUGUAUUCAUACUAUUAUUACCACGUCGGCAGAUACAUCAACUCACUUCAUUGUUGCAGAUGCCCAUUAUAACCAGACUCCACAGACUCCAGCCGAGCAAAACCAUUACAGCCUCUACCUGCUGCCUCAGCCCUUUCUCUUCAUACAGGCCUAGGUGGGAACAAAGGAGCCAGAGAAAAGUGGCAUAGAGGGUGGGGGAAGGGUUGAUUAUUUUGAAAGAUACUGUAGAGGGAGGUAGAGAAAAUAUCACAUGCAGAAGCACACAGUGACAGUUCAAUACACAAUAUUACUGACUGGCUGUGUGAUUAAUGUCUGAAGACCACUGCUGUUAGAUCAGUAUCUGAUUCCCAGUAAGUGUAUGCUGUUGAAUGCACUGCACUAUACGAACUCGAACCGCACUCAGGUGCAAUCAACCGUUCACGAAAUUAGCGUCAACGAUUCAUCUUGCGAUCAUUCACUGAUGCAGAGAGCGCGCAGGUGUAAAGGGGUGUGCGCGCGUUCCUUCACGUGCACCAGCAGCGCGUCCCCGUCCGUACCGCAGCGCAGCGCUGAUAAACACAUCUGGACGGGAACAAAGAGGUGCUAGUGCUUUGAUGGGUAUGAAGAAAAUGAGGGGGGGGGGUGAGCGUAGGAAUUCGUCACCUCGUCGUCGCGAAUGAGGUGACGUCAUGUGUAGCAAAAGGGGGCGUGUUCUUUUGAUCACACGGGAUUAAAGGGCUAACGUGGAGAACUGCACCAAAGGACUGAAAUAGACCUGAGAAAACACUGUAUAAACGUCGUAGAAAGACAAUGAUGUCAGCUUAGGAGCUUAAUAGCGCUACACGUAUUAUUAGCUUGUUAGCCAAAUGCCUAUUUAUAUAUAUAUUUUUUUUGUUUGUUCACCCUCUUUCUGAUUCGAUACAAAUGAAGUAAAGCAACAAUUAGUAGAGUUAUAUUACUGCGCUCAUAUAGUGUCUACGAUAUGAAAUACACAAUACAUAAAAGUCAUAAACGGUGUCUAGUUUCAUGAAGGCGGCACAUGACAUGCCUUCAUUCUAACACAACUUGAACUAUAUUUGGCCAUCCAGAUGCACCGUGGCUUGCCUGAACAUGCCCUUGUGUGUGCUUACUGUACUUUGGAGCUGUGGCCCUUUAAAAGGCGAUCCCAUGCAUGGGAGGUGGGGGGUGGGGGGAGGAGUGGAGGUCUGUCGGGGUUAGCCUACAUCUUCUUUCUCUCUCUCUGUCUCUCUACUCAGACCUUUGUAAGUUAGGUAGAAGCUGGCUGAUUGCUGAGGGAGGACAGAUUGAAAGGUUUAGCAGUAGCGCUGUAUGUGACAGUGCAAGAGUAGACUCUGUGGGACUCUUUGUUACAGCGAGGCACGAGUUUCUAUUCCUGCUCUCUCUCUCUCUCUCUGAGAACACACUGUUCUCUCUCUCUCUCGAUGUUCAGUCAACUUCAGAGAGCAAGGGAAACGUCAAGGUGGAAGCUUUACGAGCACAGUGCUAGAUCGCUUCGCUCGCUUUUUAAACUCCAUCUGAAUGACUUGAACCUGCCGUGACUUCGGUGCUGAAUGGGUUUUUCCUUGUACGUGACGUUGUGGCUGGUGCUUUUUUCCCCCGUAGUUGCAUUACAUCAGUGCUCGUACUGAUCUCGAGUGCGACACGGGAGCGGAGUGAGCUCUGAAGUGGGUAAGAUUCUGCAGCAUCGGAUCGGUUGCGGGUGAAUGGACUGUUGAGGUAAAAGUGGCUUUGGUGUCUUCAUCAUUACUGACUGCGGACGAGCAUUCAUGGAAUUGGACUGUGACCGCGCGCCUCUACCUGUGUGAGU